AUGCGCGUCAUCGCCGUGUCCAUUAACAACGUCGAUGGCAAGGCUGCAGACAUGUCGCCCCAGAUCGGCGCCGCGAGUGGCACUGAAUUCUCCGGCAUUAUUGCUGCCCUCGGCUCCCAUGUUGUGAGCGACGUGUGGCGCGAGGACAAGGGCAUGCGGCCAGUCAAGGUUGGCGCCCACGCCUUUGGUGUCACCUUUGGCAACAACCCCCUGCGACCUCGAAAUGGCGCCUUUGCGGACUACGUCGCCUGUGCCCAAACUCUUGAUCUGGCACAUGCCCGAGGGGCUGCGCUCGCGACCGUGGGACUCCCCCUUUUCAACUACAUGUAUCUUGAGCUCCAGCCCCUCUUGCAUUUCACUAUUGAAUCGAAAUCUUUCACGCACAUGUCUGAGGUCAAGUGAUGA